AUGAGCUGCCAUGACAGACUGGAGCGCUGUGCCGAGGGAGAGGUACCGGAUGAAACAAGCAGGAUGGGUACAUUUGUGACCCUGACAGAAGUCUUGGAGGCUCGGGGAUCACCACUAGAGGAGGAUGAGGUGUGGUGUCUGCUGCUCGCCACGGCUGAUACCUUACUGGAUAUCUCCAAAAAAGGUUCAAGCAACCUGUGCACUGUUUUGAGCCCUGGCUCAGUGUUGCUGUCAGCCAGCGGAGGUCUGGCCUUCAAGAGCUGUGCGCGAUAUGAAGACGUGGCCUCCUUCACGCCUCCCGAGGUCCAGCAGGGUCACCCGUCCUCCACCAGGUCUGCGGCUGAAAAGAUGGUCGUGUACUCACUGGGGAUGACUCUUUAUUGGUGCGUUGACUAUCAUCUACCUCAAAACCAGCCGGUCCAGAUGAGCCCUGAGCUGGAGGGUUUGCUCCUGAGCAUGUGUGAGGACAUGGCAAUGAGGAGGACCGACCUUCUGACGGUGCUGGAGACCUGCGAGCUUCACCACAAGACCUCCAUGCUGCCUCCUGUCCAGCGGCUCAUCCGGCAGCUGGUAGAAGAUGUCUACAGAAACUCAGUUGAUCAUGUGUCCGUGACUGAAAAUGGAUCCCAGCUAACAGACCGCAGUCAGGUGGUCAGGGACAGAUUGCACAGAGGCUCUUUUAGCAACUCCACUUGGACCCAGAAGAAGAAGAUCCCUAGAACGCUCUCAGGGGUAUCUUAUCCAGUCGAUUCCACAGGGAUUCACGCUGGAGGGCGACUCAGGGACAGUAUCACCAGCUGGCAGCAGCUGAAUCGCAGCCCCUGCGGUCCAUACAUGGACGGCAAUCAGAACACCAACUCCCGAUCCCUCGCACAGUUUGAGUCCACGAUGAGUCUGAACGACAAGAAACUGAAGGACAUGGGUCCUGAGUUUUUGAGACCAUUAGAUGAGCCUAUGGUUGUCUUGGAGUUGCCUGGAUCCAUACUGUCCAAGAAAGGGAAAUCUCCAACCACCCACAGAGAGCUCAGCGUGGUGAUGCCAAACGGCCAGAGCAUCCUGGUCAAGUGUGAAGUGAAGUCCAGGGCAGGGGACGUCUUCGACAUGAUUGUGGCUCAUUCAAACCUUGUGGAACAUUUCUACUUUGGCCUUGCUUACUUUGAUGAUAAUGAGUUUUUCUUUGUGGACAAUGAUACCAAGAUCUCCAAAGUCGCACCAGAUACUUGGAAAAAAGUGCCUACCACCACCUUUGUCCUUUUCUUCAGGAUCAAAUUCUUCGUCAAUGACGUCGGUCUUCUUUUGCACAAACAGACGCGUCAUCAGUAUUACCUCCAGCUCAGGAGAGACCUUUUAGAUAACAGGCUGUCCUGCCACGAGGAGACUGCUCUGUACCUGGGAGGUCUGGCCCUGCAGACAGAGUAUGGAGACUGCAUGCCUGAGGUUGUCUAUGGUAGGAAUUACUAUCGGCCUGAUCAGUAUGUCUCCAAGAGUGUUAUGGAAAAACGUGCCUUGCCUUACAUUCACGGGGAGCUGCUGCGCCUCCAUGCCAACAAUGCUCAGAUGCUCUCAGAUGAAUCAGAGCUUGAAUUCCUGAAGGUGUGUCAGCAGUUGCCCGAGUAUGGUGUCCUGUUCCACCGUGCAAUACGAGAGAAAAAGCCUUUAGAUGGAGAGAUCAUCCUCGGGGUUUGUGCCAAAGGCGUAAUCAUCUACGAAGUAAAAGACGGGUGCAGAUCCACCGUGCAGAAUUUCUACUGGAGGGAAACGGCUACCAUAUCCUCUAACAGGCGUAAAUUCAUAAUAGAAUGCCGAGGCAGCAAGAAGAAGUACACUUUCAUCACAGAAAGGUCCAGGAUCGCCACAUAUCUGUGUGACCUCUGCUCGGCUCAACACAAGUUUACCAAUGAGAUGAAUUCCCGCCAGCUAAGCCACAGCCUCGUCUCAGGCAACUUAUCCAUCCUCCAUCUUUGUCCAGAGGACAACAUAGUGCAGUACGCUACGGUGUGCCGGGCUCAGAGCAGCCAUCUCAAGUCUCUGUCGUGUUCCGAGACGCCCCAAGACGACAGCGGCCUGACCACCCCUCAGGAAGAGCCCUUACCCAAACUGUGCGAUGACGUCGCGGCCAGAAUCGAGGCGAGAGUGAAACAUCCGAGUGGCUGUUCCAGCAGCCUGCGCAGCAGCGCGAGCAUGCGUUCCCCGGCGUGCUCUCAGAGGAGUGGGUCCGAAGCCCCGUCUGGAUCCCCGGCUGCCAGAGAAACUCCACCUAAACUUAACGCUUCAUCAGAGAGAGAAGUCAUAUGUGUUUCCUUAAAGAAAGAUCCAAAACUUGGCCUGGGUAUAGUGAUAGUUGGAGAGGAGACAGUGGGGCGGUAUGAUCUGGGGAUUUUUAUUGCCUCUAUAGUCCCCGGUGGACCUGCCGAUAAGGAUGGACGCAUGAGAGCAGGUGGUCGCCUGAUCUCACUGAACCACAUCAGCCUGGAGGGAGUCACUUUUAACGAAGCGGCAGAGGUUAUGCAGAACAGCCCCGAAGAGGUCCAGCUCAUCGUCUCGCAGCCAAAAGUUCCCAUCAGUCCCAGUAGUCUGCGUUCUCCUGUGCUGAGAAAGUACGAGUCCCAAACGACACUCAUGACGGAUGGACGAUCAAGAGAUGACAGUCUUGAUGAGAUUGUUUCAGACACAAGGACGCCAAAGACCGUCAACAGGCUUCAUGUUCCCCCUCCGGUACAAGUCCCCAGCGCACAGGACAGCUGCCCACUGCCCCCUUCACUGAGCUGUGUGAAGUCAGAAGAGAUUGCCGUGGAGCUCAGAAAGAUAUCAGGAAAUCUGGGCAUUAGCAUCUCUGGUGGCGUGAACACUAACCUCCCUAAUGGAAAAAUCUACAUCAAGAGCCUUGUUCCAGGAGGAGCUGCUGAGCGGGAUGGACGUUUACACGCAGGUGAUAGACUUAUUGAAGUGGACGGAAUAAACUUCCAUGACUAUACCUACCAACAAGCUGUCGAGUGUCUGAGUAAAACUGGAGAGGUGGUCUACUUGGUUGUGGAGCGGGCGUCUGUCAUCCUACCCAAGGUUUCGGUCAGUGCAGACGGCAGCAGCGUGUCCAAUCAGAGCCUCAGUCCGGUCACCAGCCACACGAGACUCAACAGCUGCUCGUCUGUCAGUACCCCCCCCAGCUCAACACAUCACCGAUCCAGACAGUACGGCUUUGUUACGGAUGAAAACACCCAGGAAGUGACUUUGACCAAGAGCGCCAACGGCCUGGGCUUUAGCUUCCUGAUGUGCGAGCUGGACCCGCCCACUCGGGACUUUGGCAGCCUGGUCCGGAUAAAGGAGCUUUUUCCCGGUCAGCCGGCCGAGCAGAGCGGCCGCAUACAGGAGGGAGACGUUCUGCUGGCCAUCAACGGCCAGUCCCUCAAAGACCUGUCUUAUCCGAAGGUGCUGAAGCUGUUCAAGACUUCCCCACCCGAUGUUCGACUGACCCUCUGUCGACCGGCGCCGGGGACCCUUCCCUCCAUGGACCAGUUCAGCAGCAUAUGAGCGACGACCCCAUCGGGCGCAGGUUCCGAAAAAAAUAACAACGGCGACACAGGAAGUGGCGGCUGACCAAGGUCCUCCGAUCGGGUCGACAGACGACCACGAUAGGACUGGAGAGGAGAAACGUCAGAGGAAAAUCGCAUCUUACAGGAGCGAACACCUCCAUUAUAGAGGAUAUCCAUUAAAAAGGUUGCAAAUGAAGAUGACUCAAAACUGAGGAAGUGGACUGUUUUUUUUUUGUUUGUUU